CUGUGGAUGUGGCUGAAUUUGUGCGGUGAUGAUAUUUCUGCUUGGUGGGCGGCCGCUAGUGGUGAUACAUUCACAUAGAUUUGUAAGCAAUUGAAACAACGUUGAAAAUUACCAUUAUUGAAGCAUCGUGAAUAGAAACCAACUUUUUACAUUAUACCUUCAAACAAACUCUUUAUUCUUUGUAUUUUCUCCAUGAAUGGUUUACUUCGAAGCAAAAAUGGUUGUUGGACCUGUCGUUUGCGCAAGAAGAAGUGUGACGAACGAAAACCAUCACCAUGUUCAUUAUGUGAAUCUUUAGCGAUUACAUGCUAUGGGUAUGGAGCAAAACCGGAAUGGAUGGAUAAUGGGAUAAAAGAGAAAGAAAUGGCAAAUAGUAUCAAACAAAUUGUCAAGCACACAUCACGUCGAAAAAUUAGGCCAGCUGUGUCAGACACAGGUCAAGAUAAUGGUGAGAAUAGAGAGUCUUCUAUCUUCAAUCUCGCACAGAAGCCCUCAACUCUAUUCUCAAAAGGGAGUCAUAAGAAGGUAUCUUCAGAAUAUUCUCCUGCUCAAUCAACACAUACUACAUCAGUUGAUACUUCCAUGGUAAGAUCAAAGAACAGUGAGCAUUUAUGAAUGAUUAACAAAAAAUAGGCUCUAACUCCAGGCAAUGGAAGCAUUCUUCUAAGUACACUGCCACCUGCUGGUGGUGAAGCCGCUUUACUCAUGCAUUUCUUGGAUAAUGUCUUUCCGCUGCAGUACCCUAUAUAUAAGCCUGAAGUGGCCGAAGGAGGACGAGGAUGGUUACUUUCGCUUCUGUUGAAAACUAAACCAUUAUAUCAUGCAUCGAUUGGUCUCAGUGCCUAUCACCGCGGUGUUGUACUUCGUGCAAAAAGCUACGGUGGAUGUACAAAACCUAGUAUCGCUGAACAAGAGGGGCAUCUUGCGAUUUGCUUGAAUGAAUUUCAGAAUGCAAUCAGAUCUGCUCAGAAUAAUACCGAUUGUGGCUCGGCUGUUCCGGAAAGUAGUCUUGGAAUCAUGGCUUGUGUUGUUCAACUCAUUUUUUUCGAGGUAAGUUUCUUCUUUGUACAGUGCAUAGUUUAGUCAAGCUUUACUGAAUCUCACAAACAGCUUUUUGGUGUACGUAAAAGCUCUUGGCAAAUUCAUCUACGUGCUGCUACGGAAUUUCUUGGUCAGAGGUACCGUAAACAUGCCACCGAGCUUGGCUUCAUGGUCAAUGGUGAAUCAACUUCCAACAUGCUACGAACGGCAUGUGAAUUGACGAAUGGCGAAACCUCCAUAAUAUUCUUGUUUCUUUCGGGAGUGAUUAUGUGGCUAGACAUAGUAUCUUGUCUAAGUACAGGAAAGUCACCACAACUCCUUGAUCUUCACCUCAUAGUACUUGGCGUGAAACCUCAGAUUAAGUUGGAGAAAAUUAUGGGUUGCAAGAACUGGGUCAUGACAGAAAUAGGUCGUAUUGCUGAACUACAUGAAUCCAAACGGAACGGACUUCAAAAUGGUACUUUUGAUGCUCAUUCAUUUAAGACUCAGGCCGAUGAUAUCAGACAAACCAUCCGACGUGGACAAAAUGAGCAGUUCUUGUCAGAACUUCGUAUUACAAGUCCAAAUUCGACUUCACACGUCAAUUCACCAAUCGGUCCUCAUGAAAUCAUUACGCGAAUGUUUACUCGUGGUGCUCAUAUAUAUUUAGAACUUGUCGUUGGGGGCUUUAAGUGGGUUGAAGAGAAUUCGGACUUCUGUGUUAUUGUCGAUGAAGUGACAAUGAUCCUUCCGAACUUACCACGUGGAGAUUUGCUUCGCGCCAUGGUUUGUCCUUUAUAUAUCUUCGGAUGUGUGGCUAAAGCAGAAGACCGAGACAUUUUCCGAAACAUAUUCUCUUCUCUACCAUUGAAUGAUCCUUUCAUGCAUCAUCGCGCUACCAUUUUACCUCUGCUGGAGAAGGUCUGGUUUCUCAGAGAUAACCAUUCAAAUGAUGUGAGUUGGGAAUGUGUCCUGCAACUUUCGGAGGAUAAGAUAAUACUUAUUUGAGUUGGAAAUUUUUUGAUUUCACCCCUUAAUUUUAGAAAUAUAAACAUGUGAGUGAUUAAUUGAGUGACUUUUAGUGUAUCAAUAUAAAGUGAGUAUGAUAUUUGCCAGAUGAUUGAAUUUUGA